AUGGCACCGCCGAGACAGAUUAAUAUUGCCGUAAUUGGGGCCGGUGGGGUUGGUUCAUGCUUCCUUUCGCAGUUAGCAUGGCUUGCGAAAAACCAGAAAUCGACGCGACUCAGCCUUUGCUACAUUGCGACAAUCGAUGGGGCGCUUUAUAGUCAAGACUACGCCGACAUUAAUAUUGAAACCGCUCUACCGACAUUGGAGGCAAAGGGAUAUGCAUUACCUUCUGUUGCGGAAACAAUUGAAUAUCUGGCUGGUGCGCCACAUAAGGUCAUAUUGGUGGAUAAUACCAGCUCUGGUGCUAUCGCAGAAGCCUACCCCGAAUUCUUGAGACGAGGAGUAAGCAUCAUCACACCAAACAAGAAGGCCUUCUCUGGAAGCUACGAACUUUGGCAAGACAUCUUCAGCGCGGCUCAAUCAGGGGGCUCUAUGGUGUAUCAUGAGUCUUCCGUUGGGGCUGGGAUGCCUGUUAUCUCCACACUGAAAGAACUGGUUCAGACUGGAGACGAAGUCACUCGUAUAGAGGGUGUCUUCAGCGGGACAAUGUCCUUCCUUUUUAACCAAUUCUCCCCAACAACUGGCCAAGCUGGAAAGUGGUCAGAGACUGUGAAAAAGGCAAAGGAGCUUGGAUACACCGAGCCAGACCCUCGAGAUGAUCUCAAUGGCCUCGAUGUUGCUCGAAAGCUGACUAUCUUGGGUCGCUUGGCUGGUCUCCCGAUCGAGUCUCCAGCGUCGUUUCCAGUUCAAAGUCUGAUCCCCGAAGAGUUGAACAAUUGUGCCACUCGCUUUGAGUUUCUCUCUAGGUUGCAUGAGUUUGAUGACCGUAUGGAAAAUAAGAAGUAUCUCGCCAAGAAAGCGGGAAAGGUUCUACGGUACGUUGGGAGCAUCGAGAUGGGCACGAGAAACGUCAAAGUCGGGAUGGAGAUGUUUGAUCCUACGCAUGCUAUUGCUGCAUUGAAGGGAAGUGAUAAUAUCAUCAGCUUCUACACGAAGAGAUAUGGCGAGAUGCCUCUGACUAUUCGAGGUGCUGGCGCAGGCGGAGAUGUCACGGCAAUGGGUGUGACGGGUGACUUACUCAAGAUUCUUUGUCAAAUGAGUUAG